GCCCGCUCCCCCACCUCGCCAGGGAUGAAGGGUGAUGGCCGCGCCGUGUGGAGCCUGAUGUGGAAGUACUGCAUCUCCGUGAGGACCCUCAGCGUCGAGGGCGAGGCCCCCAGCAGCGAGACCGGCACGUCCCUGGACAGCCCCUCCGCCUACCGCCAGGGCCCCUUGGCGCCCGGUUCCAGCCUGAGCCCGGACCGCUGCGAGCCCCCGUUGCUCGGCGCCUAUGGGCUGCGCGCGGGGCCGCCGGGGCAGCAGCAGCGCACGAGGCGGCCCAAGCUGCAGCACUCGACCUCCGUCCUGCGCAAGCAGGCCGAGGAGGAGGCCAUCAAGCGCUCGCGGUCGCUCUCCGAGAGCUAUGAGCUCUCCUCGGACUUGCAGGACAAGCAGGUGGAGAUGCUAGAGCGGAAGUAUGGGGGGCGCCUCGUGACCCGCCAUGCGGCCCGCACCAUCCAGACGGCCUUCCGCCAGUACCAGAUGAACAAGAACUUCGAGCGCCUGCGCAGCUCCAUGUCGGAGAACCGCAUGUCGCGCCGCAUCGUGCUGUCCAACAUGAGGAUGCAGUUCUCCUUCGAGGGGCCCGAGAAGGUGCACAGCUCCUACUUCGAGGGGAAGCAGGUCUCCGUGACCGAGGACGACGCCCAGCUGGGCGCCCUGGUGCCCGCCGAGUGCGGCGACCUCGGCGAGCCGCCGGUCCUCAAGUCCCCGGCCCCGCCCAGCGACUUCGCCGACGCCAUCACGGAGCUGGAGGACGCCUUCUCCCGGCAGGUGAAGUCGCUGGCCGAGUCCAUCGACGACGCCCUCAACUGCCGCAGCCUGCACGCCGAGGAGGCGCCGGCCCCCGAGGCGGGCGGGCAGCAGGGCAGCCCCAAGCACGGCCCCCACGGCGGCCCCCCCAAGGGCCUGCCCCGCGAGGAGCCGGAUUUGCGGCCCCGGCCCCCCAGGCCCCUGGACAGCCACCUGGCCAUCAACGGCUCCGCCAACAGGCAGAGCAAGUCCGAGUCCGACUACUCGGACGGGGACAACGACAGCAUCAACAGCACCUCCAACUCCAACGACACCAUCAACUGCAGCUCCGAGUCGUCCUCGCGCGACAGCCUGCGGGAGCAGGCGCUCAGCAAGCAGACCUACCACAAGGAGACCCGCAACAGCUGGGACUCGCCCGCCUUCAGCAACGACGUCAUCCGCAAGCGGCACUACCGCAUCGGCCUCAACCUCUUCAACAAGAAGCCUGAGAAGGGCAUCCAGUACCUCAUCGAGCGCGGCUUCGUGCCCGACACGCCGGUGGGAGUGGCCCACUUCCUGCUGCAGCGCAAGGGCCUCAGCCGGCAGAUGAUCGGCGAGUUCCUCGGCAACCGGCAGAAGCAGUUCAAUCGCGACGUGCUCGACUGCGUGGUAGACGAGAUGGACUUCUCGGCCAUGGAGUUGGACGAAGCACUCAGGAAGUUCCAGGCGCACAUCCGGGUCCAGGGGGAGGCCCAGAAGGUGGAGCGGCUCAUCGAGGCCUUCAGCCAGCGGUACUGCAUCUGCAACCCCGGGGUGGUGCGGCAGUUCCGGAACCCAGACACCAUCUUCAUCCUGGCCUUCGCCAUCAUCCUGCUCAACACGGACAUGUACAGCCCCAAUGUCAAGCCCGAGCGCAAGAUGAAGCUGGAGGACUUCGUCAAGAACCUCCGAGGUGUGGACGACGGCGAGGACAUCCCUCGGGAGAUGCUGAUUGGAAUCUACGAGCGAAUCCGCAAGCGGGAGCUGAAGACCAAUGAGGACCACGUGUCCCAAGUGCAGAAGGUGGAAAAGCUCAUCGUGGGGAAGAAGCCGAUUGGAUCCCUCCAUCACGGCCUUGGCUGUGUGCUCUCGCUGCCCCACCGGCGGCUCGUCUGCUACUGCCGGCUCUUCGAGGUCCCAGACCCAAAUAAGCCCCAGAAGCUCGGGCUGCACCAGCGAGAGAUCUUCCUGUUUAAUGACCUCCUGGUGGUCACCAAGAUCUUCCAGAAGAAGAAGAACUCGGUGACGUACAGCUUCCGACAGUCCUUCUCCCUGUACGGCAUGCAGGUCCUGCUCUUCGAGAACCAGUACUACCCCAACGGCAUCCGGCUCACGUCAGCCAUCCCCGGAGCCGACAUCAAAGUGUUAAUAAAUUUCAACGCCCCCAACCCCCAAGACCGGAAGAAGUUCACGGACGACCUGCGGGAGUCCAUCGCAGAGGUGCAGGAGAUGGAGAAGCACAGGAUCGAGUCGGAACUGGAGAAGCAGAAAGGCGUCGUGCGGCCCAGCACGUCUCAGUGCUCCAGCCUCAGGAAGGAGCCAGGCAACGGGACCCUGAGCCGGGCCUGCCUGGACGACAGCUAUGCCAGCGGCGAGGGCCUCAAGCGCAGCGCCCUCAGCAGCUCCCUGCGGGACCUCUCGGAAGCGGGGAAGCGAGGGCGUCGCAGCAGUGCGGGAUCGCUAGAGAGCAAUGUGGAAGGGUCCACCAUUAGCAGUCCUCACAUGCGCCGGAGAGCUACAUCAACACGAGAGUGUCCAUCUCGCCCACACCAGACUAUGCCUAACUCAUCCUCCCUCCUGGGCUCCUUAUUUGGGAGUAAGAGAGGGAAGCCCCCUCCCCAGGCCCACCUGCCCUCAGCCCCUCCUCAGCCGCCGCCGCACGCGCAGCAUGCCCCGGCCGGCCACCACCAGGGGCCCACAGAGGGCCCGUCGCCCGCCCAGGUGCCCGGGCACCACACCCCGUACUGCCACCUGCAGCAGAAUCCGCCCCCCUACCACCACCACCACCACUACCACCCGCCCCAGCACAUCCAGCACGCACACCAGUACCACCACGGCCCCCACGGAGGGCACCCCCCCUACGGGGCCCACGCUCACGGCCAUCCGCCGCUGCCCGCGGCCCACAUCAGCCACGCGGGCCACCUGGGCCACGCCGCGCACCACCACGGGCAGCCCCCCGCCCCGCCGCCCCCCACCAGCAGCAAGGCCAAACCUAGUGGCAUCAGCACAAUUGUGUAGACGGCCUGGGCGGGGUCCCGGGCUCCUGGAAACGACCGCACACACGGGCCGGCGGGGCCGCCAGCCUCCGACAGGCCCAGGGCACCUGUUUCUGGCGCUCCCCUCUGCUCCCCAAGGCCUGAUGGAGCCCCCCUGGGUCCCGGGCCCGUGACGUAGGGAACAAGCUCCCAAUUUAUGUUAGCGUUGGCGCCCCGGGCUCACCGUCGCCCCCCGCACCCCGAGCGGGCCUCGGCCACCACCAGCCUUGACACGGUGCCGCCGGCCACGCAGAUGCCGCCCUGCCCCCACCCCACGCAGCCCUCAGCUCUCCGCUCCCUGACUGUACACGCAUAUGAAAACCCAGCCUAGGAAAAGAAGAAGCGAGACACACACCAGAGACACAACAACACAAAACCCAAAACUUGCUGCAUUAUUGCUCUUUUAUUGACAAUGGGCAAAAAAUUAGUAGACCUGAUUAUGGUUGAUGAAAAUACGUAAGUAAACUUUAUAUAAUAUAAAUAUAUAAAUAUAUAAAUAUAUAUAUAUAUAUACUGUAUAGGUAGCAUUUGUGUGUGAAAGAAAAACGUUUCUGCCCGCAGAACUAGCAAUAUAGGCAUUGCGAGGACGCCACUUGCCCGCUAGGAAGACAGUACCUUAGGUGAAUGCGUGAGAAAAUAGACCAAAAACUCAAGUGCGAGGAACAUGUUCAGAUACUCCAUAUUUUCAUAAAAAGAGGAGAAGGGUCCCUCGAGGACCGGCCGAAGUCUUUACGCUAAAGCAUUACUAACUGUGCCAAGUAACAUAGCAUCUGUUUGAAAGUCCAAUAUUGCUUUGUAUAGAUCCUAUUUUAUUAACAGAGUACUAUCAAGUAAUCAGUGUUAGAACUGCUUUGUUUCAGGUAAACAUAGAUAAUGCAGCUACUCCACACAGCGCCUCGGGACGCCCGGGCGCCCUCGAGCACUGGCUACACAGAUUCUUAGACACUUUAACGGCUGCGAUAACUGUGAAUCUCCAUGAUCAUAUUUCUUUUAUAUGCAUCUGGUUUAAUGCACACUCAUCCCGACCCCCGCGGGGGCCCGACUCGCGAGGUCUCCAUCUCCAACAUGACAGCGCCCAGCUCUCACGCUCGUCUCCCAGCACCAUGCGUCCUCAUCCCGUCUCCAGCCCCCCAGGCAGGGCGGCCGAGGGGCUUCUGCCCGCCCGACCCCAGAGGCCGAUGCUGGCGUCCGAAGCCCAGGCGGUGUGUGUGUUGCCGUUUUUGUUUUCUGAGUGGUAGCUGUGGCCAUCGUGAUUCCAUGUAGCCUGUGCUGGCACAGCCGUGUCCCCGCGGCCCGGCCGCGCCCCUGCCUUCUCACGGUCCAGUUAGCCGCCAGGGCAUCCCAUGACGCAGCUGUGCUCUUGUCGCUUCCGUGUUGUGGUGACACCCGCCGCUCCCCCGGGGCCAGGCGCCGCUCGCGCGGGGUCUGCGCCCGAGUCACCCACGGGCCCUGCUUUGUAGUUUCAGCCUUUCGAGCCACUGCAGCCGCCAGUGCUCUGCUCCUAGCCGCGGGACCGAGGACUGCCCCCUGGCGCCUGCCCAGGCCGAGGGCCCUUUCAGAAAGGGCGAAGCUAGCGCAGGACUGCGGGCCUGGGGGCGCGCUCCGCGGACGGCGAGGCGAGCUGCCGGACGGCAGGAGGACAGAGGGGCGCCCACCCUGGCGGCCGGCCGGGCCGGUUGCCCGUUUGCCCCUCCCCACCGCCCCUUGUCUUGUCACUGAGGUCGCCAUACCAGCAACUCUGCAAACUGAGCGCUCUGUCAGAGUCCACCGAGAGCGAGCACAGCGGUCCGGGGGGCCAGCUGUUCCCGCGUGCGCGCCCGGCGCCCGCCUCCCUCCGCCGGGCGGAGUCCUCCCCCCUGGGGCCUCUGCUCAGGAAGAGGAAGAAACGCGCUGCGCGGGCCGGCGGGAGGCUCCCGGGGCCAUGGGUGCCGAGACCCCCCGGGUGCCCCCCAGAGUCCGGCAUCCUCCGCCUUGCAGCUCGAAGGAUGUUGCUGUGGCCAUAGCUCCCGCGUGGCAUGUGCCCGGCGCCAGUCGUGAGAGGCCGCACUCUGUGUGUUGGAUAUCCGCAAAUAUAUCAGUGUUACUGUUGACAAAUAGUUGAAGUAAAGUGAUAACAUAUUAAAUAUGUCGGCUUUCCUUCAGCCUUCUGUACCCAUGGUAGGGUCUAACUGUAACCUCUAGGUUGUUCCAGAAAAGAUACAGGCUGCCCGGUACCAGGUGGCCCUCCCCCAGGGGCGCCCCCAGAGAAAAACAAAGCAGAGGGAAGGAGUCAGACACUGGCCCCGGGGCGGGCUCCCCUCUCCCCGGCUGCGCUCGCCUCCACCCGCCGCCUAGAACGCACCUCCGGAGCUGUCACCCGCGUGUCCUGCCGCUCGGGCAGGGUGCUCAGGCUGGGCCUUAGGGACAGCAGCUUCUCGCACAAACUCAGCCCCUGGCGAGCCUCCCACUCGGUGCACGCACAGGACGCAGGUCAGGGGGUCUCAGGCUGGGCCUGCACAAACCCGUCACGGGAGGUGUUUCCAGAAGCACAUGACUGAGCGAGUCGGAGUCACGAGGCCCAACCCGUCUGGGCGACAGGCUUCCUUCAGCCCCGGUCCCCCACGCUGCUUCCAGGGACCAUUGUGUCUCCGGAUCCCAACCUGCCUCCCAGCCGGGGGACCCGCCCCUGGGGGAGCAGGACGCUGAGCGCCUCCAGGACACCUGUGUCACCCCCCACUGGUCGCCAGGACACACGUGGGAUGCUCUCCUCAGGCUGCACAAAUUACUCCAGUUACACAGCAAUUUCUGACAGGAGCAGGAGACCCUUAGAGAAGGCAGCUGAUGGCCUCACAGAAUCUUUUCUGGGACAACCGGGGAAAACAUGUCUUUGUCUGUUUUUUUUUUUUUUAAGUUUACGAAUGAAUUGUACAACAAUGUAAAAAUAAAGUCCAUCCCGGUAUGAUGUGCACAUCUCGCUUAGAAAUGUCUCCAGUGGAGAGUGGUUCUGCCAUCACGCACUGCAUGCAGCAGAAGCCGCUGUUCUCCCUCCAGCCGAGCUGAAGAGACAGCGCUGUUUAAACAGUGACCCUCGGUGUGGACGCAGAGGUCCCCGGGACGCUGUGUCUCCACAGGCAAGCAUGCAUCUUCCAGUUUUCGUUGUAAGAUAUCAUCACCCUCCCUGCCUGAGAAACCAGUAAUUUUUAGUAUUUUAAACAACCACCACAAGCUUCAGGAAACGGGUUGCAGCGUGAGUCCGUGUGGCGUGGGUGUGGGGGGGAGGGACACGCAGGAGGGGCUGAGUGGCCGGGCCUGGAGCGCGCAGUAGGGCCUGCCAAGGUCGGUGUGCGGGCCCCUCUCAGGAGCCGUCCUUCACCUCCAAGUCUGACCAGGCGAUUAGCAUCAGGUCCUGAGCAACUGUUCAAAGACUUCAAGGGACACCUCACUCCCAAGAAGCCCGACACCCGCGGUGUAACUCUGGGGAGGAUAGGAGUGCUUUUGUUUCAAUAUGCAUUCUGUUUGUGAGUAGUAACAGACUCUGUUGAUGUAAAACCAUAGCUGUGAUCAUGUGGAGAAAUCAAAUAAACCCUUUAAAACUC